AGCCGGUGAUCACAAUUAAUUUGACUGAAAUUAUAUUUUUCCGAUACUUUCUUAGGAUUAUUAUAGUUAAAUUAUAUUAGGUAGUUGUGUUACCAUUUAAGAAAUUGUAGGUACGUAUCAGCAAGGUCCAGGCAUUUCCUUUAUUCGCAUUUUGUUUCCGCUUCCACGUGACUUACGACAAUACGUGAGCUCUAUCAACAAGCGUACCACUUUCAUUGACAGAAAUGGCCACCACGGAAGUGGAGCGCAGACGAGGUCAGCUCGCUGCCCUGUCCAUAGCGGUCGUGGUCAUCAUCGUUGGGGUUCCCCUAUGGUGGCGAACCACUGAAACGUACCGCGCCUGGUUACCUUUCAGCCAGAUAACAGACCUAUCAAAACUGCAGCUGCAUUUAAGUGCUGAUGUGGAAGUUGUGUUUGCGCGGGGGACCCUGACACCUGAGCAGCAGAAGCGGGUCCCCCUGACCCAGACGCAGGAUGAGGAGCAUGCAGUAGAUGAGAACACAGUUUUGAGGUAUACUCAUGAAAUAAAGUACCGCACAGCUACGAUUAUGGAAGAGGAUGCUCUGAGCAAGCCCACCGCUGCAGAGGCAGAUCUAUCUCUGCACAUGCUCAGUGAAAGUCCAUGUGGUUCUUCAGUGGUGUACGUGAUUCCUGAGGUUUCCUCACUGCUACCAGAGAAUGUAAAAGUGUAUAUUGGUCAACGCCGGACGGCCAUGCUCCGCAUGGAUGCUGAGAUGAGAGCAGGAAAGACGGUGGAGCAGCUGCUGGCUGUCCUGAAGCCUCAAAUCAAGCAGGUGCUUCAGGUGAUGUCUUUUAGCCACACCGACAUCACCGCCGCCCUCAGCGACAGGGUCCGCUUCAACCCCGGCGACCAAGAAAGCAUGACUCAUAGUAUGAGGGCCUUCACAUCCAGCCCAGGCUAUGAGAUAACUUUCAGUCUGCUGAACCCUGACCCAAAGUCACACCGGCUCCAUUGGGACAUAGAAGGUGCUGUUCAGACUUACAUCCAGCCUUUUCUUACUAAACUGUCUCCUGUGGCCAACUUCAGCGUGGACUCUCAGAUGCUACACUAUGCUAUGCUGGGCGUCAACCCACGCUACAACAACGAACGUGGUGCUUAUAUACUUCACGCCGACAGCCUUGCACAUGUCAUCAACCCAGUGGAGGCCAGACUUGGUUCCAAUGCUGCUUCUUCCAACCCAGUGCUGAAUUUUCUUCUGUAUGUGCCCAACGCCCAACAUUCACCAAUUUACAUUCAGGACCACAAGAAAAUGGAAGUACCUUCGAAUGCAUUUCACUCUCCGCGUUGGGGAGGGAUUAUGGUAUAUAAUGUCAAAAAUCUCUAUGGACCAGAGCCAGAGUUUCCUGUCGACAUCGACAUCAACAUGGCUGAAGUCAUGGGCGUUUUCCUGACACAACUACGGCUGUUAGUGGGGAUGCAGUCGUCCCCUCCCCCCCCAGGCUUCUCGGUGGCCCCGUGCGGCAGCGUAGGACUGGCUGACUGGGAGCUGGACCGUCUCAUGUGGAGUCGGAGUGUGGAAAACAUCGCCACGGCAACCACAACCAUCACUUCUCUGGCACAGCUGUUGGACCAGAUAGGAAACAUCGUCAUCAACGACAACAUCGCCCAGCAGGUGUCCAGUGCCGUCACGUCUGUGCAGCUGGCUGUGGCCGAGCUGGAGGCCGGGAACCUCGGCUUUGCCCUGCAGUACAGCAAAGAGGCCAUCUUGGCGUCUGAGAAAGCCUUCUUCGACCCCUCGCUUCUCCAUCUCCUCUACUUCCCCGACGACCAGAAAUUUGCCAUCUACAUUCCCCUCUUCCUGCCCAUGUGUGUGCCCAUUUUGUUGUCGCUGCUGAAGAUAGCUUCUGAGGUCAGACAACGGUACAGAGAAAAGCAAGCCAAGAAGGACUGAGAGACACUUGAGCUGCAGAAACUUUAAUGAACAAAAAAACAAAAAACACUGGUGAACAAACAUUUUUGUUUGUAGCUUUUACAUGAAAUGCAAGCAUGGAGAAUGUUUUUUUUUUCUACCAAACUGAGGUUAACUUCUCACUUUUUUCCAAGAGGUUUGAAAGGAAAAGCUGCUGUAUGUGUUAAAAUGAUUAAAUGCUUUAUUUGUAAUGUUUUAUAUUUGAGCAGUUCUUCUAAGUUGUUUGGAAAUAAACAAAAGUUUGAGUUUCUCACACCAUUUGUCGCAUUAAAUCAGAUGGAAUAUUUAUAUAUAUAUAUAUAUAUAUUUUAUUUGCACUAUGUCAACCAUAAAUGUGAAAGGAAACAAGUUUUUAUUAUGAAUAAUUGAAAACAAACUGUCAUGGAAAACAUACCGGACACAUAAAAAUAAAAAAGGUUAUUAUUAUAA